CAAAGCACCUGUUGUCAGCGGUGGAAUGGUAAUAAUCGGAUGUUGUUCAGAAGUCCAGCGAGCCAUGUCUGUCCAGCUCCUGAGUGCUGCUCCUCUCUCUCCCAGACUCUCCCUCGUCUGAAGACUGUGGACCCUCACGCACACACGGACGUACGCUGGGCUUCACAGUAGAGCACCUUGGGUCACCAAGCUGCAGCUGCACCUACCUUCUCAGGGGUUCUCUAUCUGUGGAACAAUGUUCUACUGAAGUCAGGGGUUCUAUAUCUGUGGAACAACAUUCUACUCAACUCAAAAGUUUGUUCUCUGAUAGCAACAUUUUCUAUCUUUGGAACAACAUUCUACUGAACUUAGGGUUCUCCAUCUGUGGAACAACGUUCUAAGUACUAAACAGAAGUCAUGGGCUUCAUUUGAAACAUAUCGAUCCAUCUUUUGACUACAGUUGGACUACAAUUGAAACACACCGUGGACCACAGCUGGACUACAGCUGGACUACAGCUGGAAGUCACUGAGCCAAGCGUUGAAGCACAGUGAGGUCUCGGUGGUGAUAGACGAUGUCGUCUCAGUUCUCCCGCAGCAAGGAGCAGCCAGGAAGCAGGAGGGUGCUCCCCGACCCCCUGUCCACCCCGGCCCCCGCCCCCGCCAGCAGGACCCUCAGACAUGACAGAGUAUCUCGGUUGAACUCCUCCGGAUCUGCUGACGUGUUGAAAGACAGAACUUCUGACUCGUACGCUGAACGCAGGGAGAACAGACUCGCUGCUCGCAGGGCAGAGCAGGAGGCAGCUGGCUCCGGUAACUAUAAGAAGAUGUAUGAGGAGGCCUUGCUGACCAAUGAGAGGCUGAAAACUCGCCUGGAAGGAAGUAAACAGGAACUAGUCAUGAUGCAGACCCAGCUGGAACGAGCCAAUCAGAGGAAAGGGAGGGGAGUGGAGUCCUGUAGGUCAAACAUCCAACUUGAGACAGAAAAGAAGGAAAGGCGUGCUUUGGAGAGAAAUAUUUCCGAUAUGGAGGAAGAGAUAAAGGUACAGACAGACCUAAAGAUGGAGAAUCAGAGACUGAAAGACGAGAACGGAGCGUUGAUCAGAGUCAUCAGCAAACUGUCCAAGUGAGAGGAGGAGGAGGAGAAAGUAAAGGAAGCAAAAGAGGAAUUACAAAUCCAAGAGAAGGAGGAAAGAGAGGAGGGGUGUUAUCUACCACCACAGUACAGCACCACCACACUCACUGCUGCCUCUAUAGUAGCAGGUUCACUCACAUCCCUCUCCACCCUCCUGGUCUCUCCACGCUCCUGGUCUCCCCACCCUCCUGGUCUCUCCACACUCUAGUGUCUCCACUCUCUGGUCUCUUCACCUUCUGGUC